AUUCACUAAGAUGUGAGCUCAGUUGAAGAAGGUUCUCUCUGUCUCUGUCCGUCUGCUGCCUAAAACUUUCUAAUGAAAUAUCUGGACACCUUUUGAUUAACGUUGUUGUUUAUAUUCUGGGUAAAUAUUCAGCGUUUAUUUUUUAAAAUAAAGCUUCAGUCCAUUGUGCGUAGGCUCCACUUCCGUCGCCCGGGGUACGACUAGAGCCCCUCUCAAGUAUUUGGAACAUGGAGCCCAGUCCCACUGAGGACGGACCUGAGAAGACGGUCGUCAAGCAAACCACAAGUCCUCCUCACAAAGUGAUCCUCAAACAUGGCCAGGAGUUGGAGGAAGAGCAAGAGGAGUUGGCCGAACAUCAGCCGCUCGAGCAGGAGGACCUGAACUUCGAACGGUGGAAGAGGAGGCCGUUACCUAAGAGGACGCUGCACCAGAAAAUAGAUGACCUAAAGACCUACCUGUGGAAUGCAGAGACCAAGGAAUUCAUGGGUCGCUCCGGGAAGAGCUGGAGCCUCAUCCUUCUCUUCUAUGCUGCACUUUAUACGUUUCUGGCAGCCAUGUUCGGUGGCUGCUUGUUUUGCCUCAUGUGGUCCAUUAGCCCCUACCACCCCACAUUCAAUGACAGAGUGAUGCCACCAGGUAUGACGAUGGCCCCACACCUAGAAGGCCAUGAGAUUGCCUUCAACGCCUCAGACCGCAAGUCAUGGAAGAAGUACGCCAGGUCAAUGGAUGAACAUCUACGAUCAUACAACGAUGGCGCACAGGAGAGGAAAAAUAUCAGAUGUACACUGGACAAGUACUUCAUGCAGGACGACCUUGUGGAGAGUGCGGAGAGGAAAGCAUGCCAGUUUAAGAGGUCCUGGCUGGGGGAAUGCUCGGGGCUGAAGGACCCCCACUAUGGCUACUCUCAGGGAAAGCCUUGCAUCCUUCUUCGGAUGAAUAGGAUUCUUGGAUACUUGCCAGGCCAUGGGAAACCAGUCAACGUGACCUGUAGUGUGAAGAAAGGGCCAGCAGAUGCUUUGGGAGAGAUCCAGUUUUUCCCCAAGAACAUCUUCGACCUGAAGUACUAUCCGUAUUAUGGGAAGCAGAGACACGUCAACUACACGUCCCCCGUGGUAGCUGUGCGUUUUACAGGGGUGCACUACGACACCCACAUCCAAGUCCAGUGUAAACUCAACGGGAAGGGCAUUGUCAACGAUUCGCCCACUGACCGCUACCUGGGCAGCGUGACCUUCUCCCUGGAUGUAGGAGCGUGAGGUCGUCCCUGCCAGCAGGAAGCUGUAAUCUUCACCUUGUUUUUAAUAUCUUCUUGUUUCUGUUUGUAGCUUUGAACCUCGGCCUCAGGCAACAAACUGUGCUGAGCACAAAAACAAACAGCGUGAAAAAAAUUAGCGACUUUAAUCCAACUAAAUUCAGCUCUGCCCUAGUUAGACUCUGGCUAUGCAAAUCCAAGUGAGAUAGAAAUGUUUUGUUAGAGGUCUUUGUUGCGUGUAUUAUUUUUCUGAGGCAGUGUACUAAUUUGUGUGGCAUUCUUCGCACGUGUACUUUUGAAGAAUUCAAAGAAACAUCACGCGGAAGGCAGGACUUGUACUGAACUGACACAGUGAAUAAGAAAUAGCAAUUGAUGUCAGGAAUACCACGACUGUACUAGAUCAAAAGCCCCUCUGUCUUUUGAUAAAACUUAAAAUACUUCACACAGUUGAUCGAGAAAAGGAAAUAUUUUGUACCAUUUACAAUAAAAAUAACUGUUUGACUAAUUCUUGAGCUGGUUUACUAAACUUGGCAUCAAAGUUGUAUUUAUUCCUGAUAUAGAUGAAGUAAUAAACAGAC